AUGGCUCUUUUCAACAUCUUUCUCUCAGACAUGAGAUCCGGCCGAUGCUCCGACACGGUGGAGGUCCGACUACUCCGAUUCUGGGAAGCUCGGAACGUGAGGAAAGGUGGCGAAUUGAUGAGUGUUGACAUGCUAGACGGUUACCCAAGGAACUGUUGCUGCUACUCGUCAGCUCAGGUUCCGGGAUCGCCUCACUGA